CCUUUCCCUAAACACCGAAAACAUGGUUAUGAGCACUCUGUUGUGGGCUGUUACCGGCCUGGCAGUUGUAGGUCACGCUUCUCCCGGGAAACGCGCGACCGACGCCUCCGCAUAUUGUUCCAAUUCAGCAGGCAACUACAAGCUCUCGUCCAUCACAGCUCCCGUACAGGGAAGUGGUAGCCCCGGCUCCGAAUCCACCUGGAAGCUCACCAUCGACGAUACAUCUUCCGGUCACAAGCAAUCUAUUACGGGCUUUGGGGCGGCAGUCACCGAUGCGACGGUCACUUCCUUCAACACGUUGUCGAGCUCGACCCUCCAGCAGCUCCUGAAUGAGCUGAUGACAUCAAAUGGCGCCGACUUCUCUCUGAUGCGCCAUUCAAUCGGCGCAUCCGAUUUGUCUGGAGACCCAGCAUACACCUACGAUGAUAACGGGGGUAGUGUUGACACGUCGCUUUCCGGGUUCAACCUGGGCGAUCGUGGAACUGCCAUGGCGAAAAUGUUGGCCUCGAUGAAGUCGCUGCAGUCAAGCCUGAAAGUGCUAGGGUCCCCAUGGAGUGCCCCAGGUUGGAUGAAGUUGAACGGUGUGAUCGAUGGCAGCACGACCAAUAACAACCUGAACGACGGCUACCUCACGAGUGGCGGUACGGGAAGCACCGGCUACUCCAGCGAAUUCGCCCAAUACUUUGUGAAGUACAUUGAAGCAUACGAAGCAUUGGGCGCUACGAUCGAUGCGAUCACCAUCCAGAAUGAGCCCCUGAACAGUCAGUCCGGGUAUCCUACCAUGUACGUCUACGACUACGAGUCCGCGCAGUUGAUCCAAAACUACAUUGGGCCAGCUCUCGCCAAUGCCGGGCUGAGCACGGAGAUAUGGGCCUAUGACCACAAUACUGAUGUGACAUCCUACCCCCAGACCGUGCUCAACGGAGCUAGUCAGUAUGUUGACACUGUAGCUUGGCACUGCUACGCUACGAAUGUCGACUGGACAGUCCUUAGCCAGUUCUACAGCUCCAACCCUGGAGUCAAGCAAUACAUGACUGAAUGCUGGACGCCGGCUUCUGGAUCAUGGCACCAGGCUGCUGACUUCACCAUGGGUCCUCUCCAGAACUACGCUUCGGGAGUUAUGGCCUGGACCCUUGGCACCAACACUGAUGACGGACCGCACCUGACGAGUGGUGGGUGCGAUAACUGCCAGGGCUUGGUCACCAUCAACAGUGCUGACAGCUACACUCUUAAUACUGCCUAUUAUAUGAUGGCGCAGUUUAGCAAAUUCAUGCCUUCUGGCGCGAUCGUGCUUAAUGGAAGCGGUAGCUAUACCUAUUCGAACGGUGGAGGUAUCCAGUCCGUGGCUUCUUUGAACCCAGAUGGAACACGCACGGUUGUGAUCGAGAAUACGUUCAGUAACGACAUCUACCUCACACUGUCCACUGAAAGCGGAGAGGAAUGGAGUGGAAACAUCCCCAGUGAAUCUGUGACUACCUGGGUCCUUCCUGCUUCGUCUUGAUUGAUUGAAUAAUGUAUCUCUAGGGAUCAACACACUUGAUAGCAAUGCAUUUUUCUUGUAAAUUACCAUUAGAAGACG